UUUUACUUUGUCUGAAUCCGGAUGGUACGUGUCAACAGUUGCCCGGCGGAAACAGGUGCCCGACAGUUGGAUAAACAGUUCCAGUGUACAGGCAUUGCUCACCAUAGACAAACUCAUUUGGACUAUUAUUAACACGAGUUAUAAUCAGUCGAGUGUUUGAGUUUUAAUUACACGUUAAAACAACGGAAUAAUCACGAAUUUGAGAAAAUAGUCUUAGCUCGCUACGCCGCUUACGUUUAAUGUUUGAAAAACAUGGCGGCGGCGUCCUUGAGCAGCACCGCGAGCGUGAGGCUGCUGAGUGCUUUGGCCCGGUCCGGCUCACUAUGCGGCUCCCCUGGAAGCAGAGCCCUCCACGUCACUGCAGUGUGCUGCAAGAAUCGAGCAGCCCGUGUCCGAGUGGGGAAAGGAGACAAACCUUUGACCUACGAGCAAGCACUUCCACCUCAUCACAUCGGCCAUCGCAAAGGAUGGCUGUCGCAGAACACCAGUAACCUGAAAGGAGAGGAGGGUGCGGCUGAGCGGACCACGGAGGACCUGUUCCUGAGGCGUUUCAUGUUCGGGACCUUCCACGGUUGCCUGGCCAACGAGAUUGUGAUCAAACGGCGCGGCAACGUGCUCGUAGUGUGCGCUCUGAUGCUCCAGAAACUCCCCCCGCAGAAGUUCUACUUCCUGAUAGGCUAUUCAGAGUCCCUGCUGUCACACUUGUACAAAUGCCCGGUGAAGCUAGAGGUUCAGACCCUGCAGGACAGAGCUGUGUACAAGUACCUCUGACGGAUCCGUGUACAAGUACCUA